AUGUCGGACACACCCGGGAAUGACCCGAAUGCCGGUCCCAUCGCCCUUCAGAGCAUCGCGACAGCAAGUCUAGGACCUGUGUUCGUCGGUAGGUCCAACCUCCUCUUGCUCCUGGAGCGAGGCGGCAAUUCGGGCCUUUCUUCGCGGCUAAUUUCAAGCAACCGACUCGGAGCGGACGUUCGUGACGCUAUUGGUAGUCCCACGCCCAAGAGUACUGAUCGCCGAUGAGAGAUGUUCUCGACAGGGUGGAUGGUACAGCUCAUCUUCUAUGGAUUCGGGCUAUCGUUGUUCGUGCGAUACGUCACAGGCCCGCAGUAUAAGGCCGACUCGCGAAGGAUCAAGUUGUGGCUGUGGGCCGUCGUGUUCGCCGCCACGGGCCAAGCUGCGUUCGUCGCGAUUAGCAGUCCUUUUCGGUCCGAACGGGGAAAUAAUCCAAUCUGACCUCGACCCCUAUACCUCUACUUGCUGGUGCAUAUUUCCGAUAGUAUCACGUUUGAUUCGAUAUUCCAUUAUGGCACUUCCCAACGUCGUGACGUCGAUACCCUGUAUGCUCAGGUGAGUAUGCACACCAAAUCGCCCAGAACCUAGGAGGCGGGCCGGGAAGUCACACGAGGGUGCCACUUGCCGAAGUUACCUAAGGCUUGGAUCUCGAAGCUAAAUUGUGUUCUACGUUUUUCAGACGCUCGCAGAUUGCUUCGCUACUGUGCCCACCGGUAUCGUUGGGGCGCUCGUUCAGAGCUUUCUCGGUCUUCGGGCGGUCUCGGUAAGCACUGACUUGUUACAGUACCGAACACAUAUCUAACACCAGACACUUCAUCGUUAUCAACCAGCUCUUCGACAAUAACCUCUAUCGAAGCUUGUUCAUUACAAUGGCAUCUUUGCUGAUCAUGGGUGGCCUUAUCGGAAGUUGGCUCUUCGUCGCCGCGUCGUUCAUGCUGCGCAACAACGUGACGCCACCGCCAGGGUUGUCCUUCACUUUAGCAAACGGGUGGGUCUGCCGAACGGGAAACACGUAUCUAAUAGUAGCACAUCUGCUAAAUCUCGAUCUGUGGCCGACCCCUAGACUAUGGCUGUGGUGCUGCUGUAUCAUGGACGUUCUCCUCACCGUCACUCUCUCGCUUCUGCUGUACAAACGAAUCGUCGGCUUCAACUCGGGCACCGACUCGAUGCUCCGCAGCGUCAUCAUCCUAUCGAUCGAGACGGCUUCCUACACCGCCACCUUUGCGUUGAUCGCGGCGAUCCUUUCGGACUCGUUCUCGGAUGAUUCGCUCCUCACCAACUCGACCGGUGCGUUUUACCAACCUCUGUCCUCGUUCUACCUCAUCUCCUUCAUCGUCACCCUCGCCUCCCGUCAAGGUUUGCGUGAGAAAACAGACGGAUACAACAAUAACGAUGUCUCGUCCCCCGGAGUCUACGCCACACGCUACCCAAACAAUAGCGCCGGCAUUUCGCCGAAGCCGCCCCCCUCAGUCACGUCCGCCAGCCGGGUUCGCGCCCCAACGCCUCAGCUCGUGCGAAUGCAAACGCUCGGCGAUCCUCGUUCCGACGAAGACGAAGAGAUGGAUUUGAAGCAUUCUUGCUCUCGAAAAGAGGUCCGCAUCGAGAUGUGA